AAAAAAUCCUGCAGGAGAAGCGGGAUUUGCUUUCCUCAUGGUGGAGGUACCAUAACUUCUUCAUUAGGAAAUUAAACUAAUUGCAGUGUUUGAAGAAGAAUGGAGGACUACAGAUUUUAAAGCAUGAAAAUCCUCCUUGCAUCCUCAGGGCUGGGCUUGCAUGGAAAUCUGCUGGGAUAUUUGAUAUUUGACAUUUGAUAUGAAGGAGGAAGGCACCAGGCUGGGUUCUCUCCAGAUGUGAAUCUCCAUUUCUCCCUGCUCAGAUUCUUCUCCUGGACCAAGGAAAAAGGACAGUCCUUGGAGAAGGGCUUGGGGACCAGCAUGUCUGCAGAUUUGCCAUGGUUAUUUGUAAAAUCCUGUCUCAGAGUUGGGAUUUCCCAGUGGAGUUUGGGGAUCAAACUGCAAUUUUCCAGUCCAAUCCUGCCCCACAGCGUGUGGGGAUUUUAGAAAGUUGAUUUGCAGCUCACCAAAUCUGCAGUCUCAGAAGGAGGUUUCUUGUUGUGUAGUCUCCCAUUUCAGAAAAUUUAAUCAGAAGAUUCUUUAAUUGGUGCAUAUUUAAGGGAUCCCCACUGAAGGACGAGCCAUGCAGUAGGAAGGAGCCAGCACAUCCCAGGGAACAGCGGAGCCAGUGCUGCAGGAGGAACGGGACAUGUGGAGCCUCAGCUGCCUCCUCUGGGGACUCCUCCUCAUCCUCAGCACCGCCAGCACGGAGGGCUUUGCCCACACAGGGCGCAGGGUGUGCUCAGCCACGGCGACACCGAGCGCCCACACCGAGUCCCACGUGCAGCCCGUGUACCAGCCCUACCUCACCACCUGCCCGGGCCAGAGGCUCUGCAGCACCUACAGGACCAUCUACAGGGUUGCCUACAGGCAGAGGUUCAGGCAGCUGCCCCAGCCCAUGGCCUCGUGCUGUCCUGGAUGGAGCAGAGCAAACGGCCACACGCUGGGCUGUAACAGAGCUGUGUGCUGGGAGCCGUGCCAGAACGGAGGGAGCUGUGCCUUCCCUGGGAGAUGCUCCUGCCCCCCUGGCUGGACGGGGAGAGCCUGCCAGACAGAUGUGGAUGAAUGUGCCAGCCAGAGCCACGGGUGCAGCCAGCUCUGCAUCAACACAGCCGGGAGCUUCCACUGUGCCUGCCUGGAUGGCUUCAGCCUGGCUGCCGAUGCCAAGGGCUGCCAGCCCCUGGUGCCAGCCCCUGGGACAGACACCUCCAGCCACGCAGGUGCCUCCAGUGAAAUGAAGGAAGAAAUGAAGGACCUGAGGAGCAGAGUGGAAGCUCUGGAGCAGAAGCUCCAGCUGGUGCUGGCCCCUUUCCACAACCUGAUGCCGCCUGAGGAUGUGGGUGCAGACCCCAUCAGCCGCCUGUCCCACUCCCUGCAGCAGCUGGACAGGAUUGACUCCCUGAGCGAGCAGAUCUCCUUCCUGGAGGAGAGGCUGGAGACCUGUUCCUGCAAGAACGAACUCUAGCAGAGUGCCUGGGGACCUGGAGCAAGCUGAGUGCACCCACAGCUCUUCUCUCCCUCUCCAGCCCCAGGCUGGGGAUGAAGCCUCACCAUCACAGGAAGGCAGAGGCUGGCAGGAGAAGGCAGGAGAAGGCUGGGCUCCCAUCAGCAUCUUCAUCAUUCUCUGUUGCAGCUCACCUCAGCAGAGACCACACAGUUCCUUCCAAACUGGACUCUGAGCCCUCUCCGUGCUGGAGAGGCAGCAAAUAAAUGCCUUACCUGGUGCCA